AUCCGAAAUCCCUGAUAACGCGGUGCGCGCUCCCGCUCGGCUCUGAAUGGGGGCUCAGUCCAGCCUGUGACAGCUCGUCCGGUUGCGCGCAACUCUCCCGGGCUGCUCCGAGACUCUCCGCCAGACCACGGCGGCCCCGCUUCCUCCGCCCGCUCAGGAAUGAGAAAUGAUGGCCGGCUCUGCAACAGAGGAGAAAACCUUCCGACGGUUCCUGGAGCUCUUUCUGCGGGAGAUGAGGAUGCCUCUGCAGGACAGCGACCCGCCGCCGCUGCGCCCCUUGACGGACCUGGUGUCUGAGGAGGAGGUGGAGGGGGAAUGCCUCGACCUGUGCCUCCAGCACCUCUACAAAUAUAACUGCCCCUGCUCCCUGGCCGCCGCCCUGGCCCGGGCCACGGCGGACAGCGUCCAUCAGGCCGACCUCUCCAUCCACAUCCUCAUUAAGGCCGUGGAAGAUGGAGCUGACCCGCAACCACAGAUGGAGGCGGUGAAGCUGGCCCGCCAGGUGUUCAACAGACUGUUCGACCUGUGCUGCCUCUGGCUCAAGGAGCUGCCGUUCCGCCGCCGCCCGCAGCCGUACUACGAGACGUCCAUCCACGCCAUCAAGAACAUGAGGCGCAAGAUGGAGGACAAGCACGUCAUCAUCCCCGACUUCAACACACUCUUCAACAUCCAGGAUCAGGAGGAACAGGCUUUCUUCGCCGUGUUCGACGGUCACGGCGGGGUGGACGCGGCCAUCUACGCGGCCAAUCACCUCCACGUGAACCUGGUGCGACAGGAGUCCUUCAGCCAGGACCCCGGGGACGCGCUGCGCAGGGCCUUCAAGCUGACCGACGAGCGCUUCGUGAAGAAGGCCUCACGGGAGAACCUGCGCUGUGGCACGACGGGCGUGGUGUGCUUCCUGCGGGGCCGCACGCUGCACGUGGCCUGGCUCGGAGACUCCCAGGUCAUCCUGGUCCGGAAAGGACAGGUGGUGGAGCUGAUGAAGCCGCACAAGCCGGACCGUGAGGACGAGAAGCAGAGGAUCGAGGCUCUGGGAGGCUGUGUGAUCUGGUUCGGCACAUGGAGGGUCAACGGCAGCCUGUCUGUUUCCAGAGCAAUCGGUGACUCGGAGUACAAACCCUACAUCUGCGGCGAUGCAGACCACAACAUUUUCCCGCUGGACGGCUCGGAGGACUACCUGAUCCUGGCGUGCGACGGCUUCUGGGACACCGUGAGUCCCGACGAGGCGGUGCGGGUGGUGAGCGACCACCUCCAGGAGAACGCCGGCGACACCAGCAUGGUGGCCCACAAGCUGGUGGCGUCGGCCCGGGACGCCGGCUCCAGCGACAACAUCACGGUCAUCGUGGUGUUCCUGCGGGACCCUCGCUGCCCCGCGCCCGCCAGCACCGAGGACGAGGAGGAGGCGGGCGCGAUGGAGGGCGAGGCGGCAGAGGCGGAGGAGGAGGAGGCGGAGGUGGAGGAGGAGGAGCAGGAGGAGGAGGAGGAGGAGGAAGACGAGGCGGGCAGGGUGGAGCGUGACGGCGGGGAGGGGGGCAGCACUGCGGACAUCGGGGGGAAGGGCCGCGGCGGCUGGCCCCUGCAGCAGUGCUCCGCCCCCGCAGACCUCAACUACGAAGACCGGGCAGAGUCGUUCACGGACAGAACUAGCCUCAGCCUGCUGGGGCCGUCGCUGGAGGGCCGCGUCUCGCUGGCCCCCGCCUCCAGACGGCCCUGCUUCGAUUUUAGCCCCAACGUCUUUGCCGCCUCCCGCAGCUACCGAGAGGCGCGCCCGCCGAGGCGCCGGCCCCGCGCCCUGCUCCAGGAGCUGGGCGCCUCCGGCCUGACGGACGCUCUGUGGCCGCAGACGGCCGCGCCGCUGGGCCGGGCCGCCUGGCAGAGCCACCGGCUGGGCCACGGCCGGCGCCGGUGGGUCCGGAGGUGGCCGGGCCGGUCCAGGGAGCCGCCGGGCCCGUCGCCGUCCGGCCUUCUGCUGGCCUGCGCGCGGCACCACUUCGCCGCCGCCGCGCCCCGACUGCCCCACGACGGCGCCUUCUGAA